CUUUCCUGCCCGCAGCGCUACUACGGAAGGUCGCUCCCGUUCGGCGCGUGGUCCACGCGGCGCGGGUACACCGAGCUGCUGACCGUGGAGCAGGCCCUGGCGGACUUCGCCAGGCUGCUCCAGGCGCUGCGGCGGGAUCUGGGGGCCCAGGAUGCCCCCGCCAUCGCCUUUGGUGGGAGCUAUGGGGGGAUGCUCAGCGCCUACAUGAGGAUGAAGUACCCCCACCUCGUGGCAGGGGCUCUGGCAGCCAGUGCACCCGUUGUAGCUGUGGCAGGCCUUGGCGACUCCCACCAGUUCUUCCGGGAUGUGUCAGCGGACUUUGAGGGCCAGAGCCCCAAGUGUGCCCAGGCUGCGCGGGAUGCGUUCCGGCAGAUCAAGGACUUGUUCCUACAGGGAGCCUAUGACACAGUCAGCCAGGAGUUUGGCACCUGCCAGCCACUCUCUGGACAGAAGGACCUGAGGCAGCUCUUUGGGUUUGCCCGGAACGCCUUCACCGUGCUGGCCAUGAUGGACUACCCAUACCCCACCGACUUCUUAGGGCGCCUUCCUGCCAACCCCGUCAAGGUUGGCUGUGACCGACUGCUGAGCAAUGACCAGAGGAUCAAGGGGCUCCGAGCGCUCGUGGGGCUGGUGUACAACUCCUCAGGCACAGAGCCCUGCUAUGACAUCUACCUGCAGUACCAGGCCUGUGCGGACCCCACGGGCUGUGGCUCAGGCCCUGAUGCCAAAGCCUGGGACUACCAGGCUUGCACUGAGAUCAACCUGACCUUUUCCAGCAACAAUGUGACAGACAUCUUUCCCCACCUGCCCUUCACUGAGGCCCUCCGCCAGCAGUACUGCCUGGACACUUGGGGAGUGUGGCCCCGGAGGGACUGGCUGCAGACCACCUUUGGGGGAGGCGACCUCAGAGCUGUGAGCAACAUCAUCUUCUCCAACGGCGUCCUGGACCCCUGGGCCGGGGGCGGGAUCCAGAGUAACGUGAGCGCAUCUGUCCUCGCUGUCACCAUCCAGGGGGGAGCCCAUCACUUGGACCUCAGAGCUUCCAACCCGCAAGACCCUGUGUCUGUACUGGAGGCACGCAAGCUCGAGGCUACCCUCAUCCGCGAGUGGGUCAAGGCAGCCAGACACUAACAUUGGCUCAGAGACUGACAGAUGCUCAGAGACUGAGAGGUGCUCCCCAGCCAGGACCAGAAGACCCACAGGGGCGUGUCUCGUAGAUCCCAGGCAGGGGUGAGGAGUCGCAGCUGGUCCUCUGGAACUGGAGCUCAGCCCCGGGUAGCAGGACUGUGGCCUUGCCUGAGGGAAAGGCUGACCAAGCCUGUGGCGGCCUGAGCAUCUGGUGUCUGCCCAGGAGGAGGGAGCAGGCGGAGUGAACACCCUGCACACAACCUCUCAAAACAGGCAUGUGUUUAAUAAAACCACCUGCAACUCCA